AUGACAACAAGCUUCAGCUCUGCGUUUUUGCAGCAGGAAUUUUUUGACUGUCACCAAGAUGAACAGUCCAUUGAUGACUACUGCCGCCGCCUGAAAAUGUUGGCGGAUGAGCUCCGCGACAUUGGCACCAAGGUUGAUGACGACCUCCUCCUCAGCACGCGCACCGCCGGCCUCAAUGAGGACUAUGGCAACGCCGCCUCCAACCUCACCUUGAUGCCGGAGCCCUCCUUCCCCAAGUUCGUGGCAUACUUGCGGUUGGAGGAGCGCCGGAUGAAGGGGGUUAAGAAGCGUGUGCAGCAUCACGCCCUCGUCACCGGCACCUCCCGUGGCCCCCCACUACCGGCCGCCUCACCCGUGCCACGCUAG